UUCCACCGCCGGAUCCAGCAAGCUGUAAACACAAACGUCAUACUGACACAACGAUGUCCAACCGCCACAACCAAGGUAUAUCACAGCUGAGCUACCUUCAAUCAACUUUUCUCCUUUCCCAUCAUCAAGACUUGUAAUAAUACAAAUCACAUCAAUUGACCAGCACCAUGGAGCAACACGUUGAACAGCCGUCCAAGGGACCACAGUCCCAAUUCGAGACCGGCCACAACCCCCCAGUCCAACACAUGAAACAACCCGGCCUCCAAUCCCAAAUGGGCGACCCAAAACCCACAUCCACCCAGGUCCCCACCGAAGACAGCGGCUACCAGACCUACAAAGCAGCCGGCAAGCUCACGGGCAAGAGAGCCGUCAUCACAGGCGGCGACUCCGGCAUUGGCCGCGCGAUCGCCAUCCUCUUCGCCAUGGAGGGCGCCUCGUCUCUCCUCGUCCAUCUCCCAGAGGAGGAGUCCGACGCUGUCGAGACUAAAAAGCGCGUCCAGAACGCCGGCCAGAACUGCUACUCGAUGGCUGCGGACCUGCGCAGCAAGGCGAACUGCCAGAAGGUCGUCGAUACCGCGAUGCAGUGUCUCGGUGGGAUUGACAUCUUGAUUAAUAACGCUGCUUAUCAGAAUAUGGUUGAUGAUAUUCGUGAUCUUGAUGACGACCAAUGGAUCAAAACCUUCGACACAAACAUCCACCCCUACUUCUACCUCUCCAAAUACGCCCUGCCACACAUGAAACGCGGCUCAACAAUCAUCAACUGCGCCUCUAUCAACGCCUACAUCGGCCGCCCGGAUCUCCUCGACUACACCUCCACCAAGGGCGCCAUCGUCUCUUUCACCCGCGGCCUGUCUAACCAGCAGAUUGGAAACGGGAUCCGCGUGAACUGCAUUUGUCCCGGCCCUGUCUGGACGCCGCUCAUCCCGUCGACGAUGACUAGCUCGGCGAUGGAGCAGCUGCAUGCGGUGCCGAUGGGUCGUCCGGGCCAGCCGAGUGAGAUCGCUACUUGUUUUGUUUUUUUGGCGAGUACGGAUAGUAGCUAUAUCUCUGGGCAGUCGCUGCAUCCAAAUGGGGGUGUUGUGGUGAAUGGGUGAGGGAGGCCAUAUGGUUGGUUGUUGACGUCAUUGGUUUUUGGAGGUGUAUGUGGUGAUUGAAAGUAUAUGUACUCGAGAAACAAGAUUAUAAGAAAACAAACGUGUAUAGUAUAGUAAUUCAGUCAUAUCUUCAUUUCA